AUGAACCUCCACUCCCUCCCUCCAGAGGGAUGGCUGAGCGUGGCGAGCCUGAGCGUGGCGAGCCCUCGCACCAGAGCCAUGCUGCUCACCACCCAGAAAGGGCUGCCCCGCUGCCCGAGCAGCCGGGCUGAUGCCAUGCCCACAGCCAGGACGAGCACCGGGAUCAGGACGCCAGGUGGAGGCUCAGGCACUGCGCUGCACGGGGUCCUGCGCCGCACGCUCUGUGGGAUUCCUGCAUGCCACAGAGCACCUUCCUCUUCCCUCUUUGCCAACGGACGGCUGAGUUCUUUCGGCCCUGACCCCCGCCCCCAGAAGCAGUCAGCGAAGGCAAACCUCACCUGGAGCGAGCAGGAAAAGCUGAGCACUUCUAAAAGGAAUCGACUUUGGGACCUGGGACAAAGGACGGCUGGUGCCUCAGAGGAACUGGCAAGUGCCAGCAUAAAAAGUGAUAAAGUGACGGAAAGAGAAAAGCAGGGGAGAGCCUCUGCCCUCCGCGGGGGCGGCAGCGCUGCCGUGCCGCCCCCGGCCCGGCUAACGCGGCUGUGCUUGCAGGUGUGGUUUCAGAACAGACGGGCCAAGUGGCGGCGGCAGGAGAAGCUGGAGGUGACCUCUAUGAAGCUGCAGGACUCACCCAUCCUCUCCUUCAACCGCUCACCGCAGGCGACACCCAUGGGUCCUCUCAGCAGCAACCUGCCUCUGGAGACGUGGCUCAGCCCGCCUGUGCCCAGCAGCACGGCCCUGCAGACCCUGCCUGGCUUCGUGGCCUCGCCGCAGAGCCUGCCCGGCAGCUACACGCCACCGCCCUUCCUGAACUCUCCGGCAGUGACCCAUGCGCUGCAGCCCCUGGGGGCCAUGGGGCCACCGCCGCCUUACCAGUGCGGGGCCACCUUUGUGGACAAGUUCCCCUUGGAUGAGGCAGACCCACGCAACACCAGCAUUGCCGCCUUGAGGAUGAAGGCCAAGGAGCACAUCCAGUCCAUCGGCAAACCCUGGCAGACAAUCUGAAC